AUGAAAGAUAAGGGUAAGGGUGCUGAAAGCGGUGUGGCAGUUGUUGAGAGAUCAAUUGUUCCAUCUCUAGUCAUUGAGAAUCCAGUUCCUAUAUUUUUCAUAUCAGCAAUCUUCGAAGAACCUGUAACACUGGAAGAUCUAGCUGCUGAUGACGAUGAGGAAGAUGAUGAGGAAGAUGAUGAUGAUGAUGAGGAUGAUGGUGAAGAGGGUGAUGACGAGGAAGAUGACGAUGAUGAGAAAGUAUUUUCUGCUAGCAGUCAUGCAUUCGACAUCAACUACCAACCAGAAUACGAGUAUAAGUAUGUAGAGGAUGCUGAUAUUGGUGUGACAGAUAUGUAUGAUAGGGUUGAGGUUGAGGAUUGCACAGAUGAUGAGAGUGUAAGUGAAGAUACUUCUCAGUAUCCUACGCUGAUGGAGUUCUUUACUGAAGAGAAUAGAGAUGAGUUAAGACGGAAAGUAGCUGAUAUCUUAAAAGAUAAAAAUUUCGAUGGUACUCUGAAGGAUAUGCAGAAGGAAGAACGGCAAAAGUGGUCUAAAAACAGUCACGAGAGAAAAUUCAAAAGGCCUUUGAAGUUCUAUCAGAGAGAUCGAAGCAUUUCACUUGGUGACAUAAUUAGCUGGGGUUUCCUGCCUCAUGUUAAUGCAUAUGCGAUCAGAAGGGAGUUUGGAGUGCAAUACUUUGAACGUUUAUAUGAUAUAAUGUUGAGGAGCUGUCGAAAGUAA